AUGGGUGAACCUAUUUAUGGUAUUACAGAAAAUAUAUGGAUAUUUAAUACAAUUUCAUGUGCAGCUACAGUUGUAGUACACUUAACUUAUGAUGGAACUAAAACGUAUGAUUCUCUUUCUAAAUAUGAAAAAUUUAUAUUUUUAGAUAGUUUACUUAAUAAACUUAUUGAAAGUAUUCCUACUACUCCUGGAAGAUUAU